CCGCGGAUAUGUACUGGUCAUUGGCCUUUACAGAGCACGAGAGCCGGAAACGCGAGCUCCGGCAAGAGUUUAGGUAUCACAAAACCAAGAAGGACGGUCCAGUGGAGGAAUUGAAUGAGGCCCAGGCCCUUCUGCGCGAGGCGGCCGAAUUCGUGAGACAGCAUGACUUUGGCGUGCCUACCCCGACAGCACAGGAUCUCAGUUCCAAGGUUCUGGAGUUGCUUUGGUGGCUUAACCAAUAUUACAAUCGGCAUGGGAACCAUCGGUGCAUCGUCUUCGUGGAACAGCGUCAGACGGCACGUCUUCUCAACUACAUCUUCGGACAUAUCGGCGGGCCCCACCUUCGCGGCGAUGUACUAAUCGGAUCUGGCUCUUACGCCGAUGAGCAGCAUAUCUCCUUACGGUCCCAAAUCCUCACGGUGACCAAGUUUCGACAAGGAGAACUCAACUGCCUGUUCGCAACAUCUGUUGCCGAGGAGGGACUUGAUAUCCCCCAAUGCAACCUUGUCGUCCGUUUUGAUCUGUACCGAACCAUGAUCGGAUACGUUCAAUCACGAGGCCGAGCCAGGCAUCAGAACUCGAAAUACCUUCAUAUGGUCGAGCAGGACAACUCAAGUCACAAAGCGCUACUUUGCAAUGCUCGUAAUGCCGAGACUGUGAUGAAGGGCUUUUGCGAAGGGCUUUCUGGAGACCGCGUGCUCAACGAACUUGACAGCGAUGUCGCUACUUACCUCGAUGCGGAAGAGGAGUACCGUACAUACAUUGACCCAGAGACUGGCGCCAAACUCACGUACAGGUCGAGUUUAUCUGUACUGGCUCAUUUUGUGGCGUCUCUCCCUGCUCCGAACCAAGAAGUCUGUUUGCAAGCGACUUACGUCAUGAGCCACGUCGACCUCAGACAUGACCGCAGCGAGAUCGGCCACAGAGGCUUCCAAUGUGAAGUCAUACUUCCUGAGUGUUCACCCAUCAUCUCCGCCAUUGGGCAGCCUCGUCGGAGGAAGGCCAUCGCCAAAUGCUCUGCCGCCUUCGAGAUGUGUCUGAAACUACGGGAGAAUGAUUUCCUAGACGCCAACUUGCUGCCCAUAUAUACGAAGCAGCUCCCAGCUAUGAGAAAUGCACAGCUGGCGAUCAGUGAGAAGAAGAAGGACCUAUAUCCGAUGCGAGUCAAGCCGGAUUUCUGGCAGAUCGGAUAUGAUACCAUUCCCAAGUGCCUUUACCUCACCGUAGUGGACGUAGACGCUGGCUUGGAGCGGCCCCAUCAGCCUCUUGGCCUCCUCACUCGUGUGCCCUUCCCUCAGCUGCCCAAGUUCCCGAUCUACCUCAAGGACGAUCGACCCUCUAACGUCAUAUCAAUUCCACUGAAGAACCACCUUCAAGUCACGAAUGAGGAUCUCGGUCGAUUCACCACGUUCUUCCUCCAGAUUUUUGAAGACAUCUUCGCCAAGCUGUAUGAACACGACGUUCUAAAGAUGUCAUACUGGAUAGUUCCAAUUCGGCACGACAAAAUUAGCUCCAUUACCCAGUUAUCGAAACCUGAGGAUGUCAUAGAUCUGAAGCAGGUGUUCCAUUUCUGCGAGGAGCGCGAGCAGCGAUGGACUCCAGAGAUGGACACCGAAGAGCUCGUUAGCAAAUACAUCGUAGAUCGGGGUGACGGAGGGCGACGUUUCUACUCGAUUGCGAUAGAACCCGAACUCAAGCCAGAAGACCCUGUUCCUUCGACCGCCCCUGCUUACAAAUACUCCAAGGAUAUCCUCGACUACUCUGUCAGCCUUUGGAAGAAGCAACGGGAGCUCCAUGAUCCGCUCUGGGAUAGGUCUCAACCGGUCAUGAAAGUGGAGAAGAUCCCUUUCCGACGGAACUUGCUGGCUAAGGUGGAGACCGGGGAGACCGGGAUCAAAGGCGGUAAUAUCGCCUAUAUCUGUCCGGAGCCAUUUCGAGUCUCAACUCUCUCAGUCCCGUUUGUAGCUAUGUGCUAUAUCUUUCCCGCUGUUAUUCACCGAUUCGAGGACUACCUGGUGUCUCUCGAAGCUUGCAAAGUGCUUCAAUUGAACGUUGGACCAGGCCUCGCGUUGGAAGCCCUAACAAAAGAUUCAGAGAACUCCGAUGAGCACGGCGAAGAGAAAAUCAACUUCAAGAGUGGUAUGGGUCCAAACUACGAGCGUCUCGAGUUCAUGGGAGAUUGCUUCCUCAAAAUGGCUACUUCUAUCUCGACGUUUGUAUUGCAGCCCGACGAGAACGAAUUCGAGUUCCACGUGCGCCGCAUGCUCAUGCUCUGCAACAAGAAUCUGUUCAACACUGCCUUGAAGUUGAACUUGGUCGAUUAUAUCCGGACGGAAUCAUUCUCUCGCCGCCUAUGGUACCCUAAAUUGAGAUUGCUUAGAGGGAAAGGCAUGAAGAAUACUGGAAAUGACGCCAUAAAGCACCGCCUAGGUGAUAAAUCCAUCGCCGACGUCUGCGAAGCCUUUAUCGGUGCCGCAUUCAUGGAACACAAUAAGCAAGGCAUAUGGGAUCCGAAACACUGGGAUGAGGCUGUCAAAGCCGUCACCGUCCUCGUCAACAGCGAGGAUCACGAGAUGAGGAGGUUUUCCGACUACUACGCAAAGUACGUGAAGCCGAAGUAUCAGGUUGCGAAGGCAACCGCGAAUCAGCAAGACCUUGCGGAGAAGGUUGAGAAGAAACACCCCUACCACUUCCAGUACCCUCGGCUUCUGCGGUCAGCCUUCAUACAUCCGUCGCAGGCGUUUAUGUGGGAAAAUAUUCCGAACUAUCAGCGCUUGGAGUUCCUCGGCGACGCGCUUCUCGAUCAAGCCUUCAUCAUGUACCUCUUCUACCGCUAUCCUGGGAAGGAUCCUGCUUGGUUGACGGAGCACAAGAUGCCUAUGGUGUCCAAUAAGUUCCUGGGUGCCGUAUGUGUCAAGGUCGGCUUUCACCAGCACAUCCGCCAGAACAACGCUAUGCUCAGCAGCCAGAUCCGCGACUACGUCAACGAAGUCACUGAAGCUGAGCGAGAGGCCAACGGCGCGGUCGACUAUUGGAGCACCGUAUCUGAGCCCCCAAAGUGUUUAGCCGACGUCGUCGAAGCCUACGUUGCCGCCAUGUUCGUCGACUCCGAGUUCGACUUCAGCGUCGUGCAAAAGUUCUUCGACAUGCAUCUCAAGCCUUUCUUCCUCGACAUGUCCAUUUACGAUUCGUUUGCAAACAAUCAUCCGACCACGAGGCUCUCCAAGCUCUUGCAAAUCAACUUUGGCUGCCGUGAGUGGCGCAUGGCGACGCACACCCAGAAGUCCAUCCUCCCCGGCGACAAAGACAAGGUUCUCGCUAUGAUCAUGAUCCACAACAAGGUCCACUUUCAUGGCGUCGCUGUUAGUGGCAGAUACGCUAGGGUCAAGGCCAGUCACGCGGCAUUGGAGAAGCUGGAUGGCUUGCCGGAGUUCGAGUAUAGGAGGACGUAUGGGUGUGACUGCGAGGAGGAUCUGGUCUGCGGUGAUGCCCAGGGCCUUGACACGGAGGAGGCGCUCAUAGAGAAGAUGGGCGCUAACAUCUAAACCUGCCUAGCUUCUAGAAAGGAGGAUGAGUCUUCUGGGCUUGGAUGCAUUCUUUUCCUUUGUUUCAUUCGAAACAGUAUUUCUGAGAGCGGCAUAGCGUGGAGUCACGGUUUCGGUAUUCUUCUAUGGUCCGCGAAAUAUAGAUGACUCAUAGAUGUUUCUCUAUCCUGCUCUUCGUCUUUACCCACUGAAGGGCUCCAGGAAGAGCUUUCUGCAGCUAGACUUGGAGGCUACUUACUGACCGAACGACAAUAC